AUCGUUCUAGUCGCCGAUUUGACUUUGAACGUACUCUUCAUAGCGAUGAGAGGUUCAGUGGCGAGCUUCCGCCCUGUCAGAGUUCUUUCUGUAAAUCAGUAUGGCCGAUCAGAACGAGAGGGCUUUCCAAAAGCAAUUUGGAAUUAACUUGAACCGCAAGCAAAAGCCAGGGUACUCCAAGAAGAAGACCCUCCGGCGGCAUCGCGAUGUUGGUCUAGGAUUCAAAACUCCACGUGAUGCCAUUGAGGGAACCUACAUUGACAAAAAAUGUCCCUUCACCGGCAACGUACGAGUACGCGGUCGUAUCCUCACCGGAACUGUUCGUAAGAUGAAGAUGCAAAACACCAUCGUCAUCCGACGAGACUACUUGCAUUAUGUCCGCAAAUACAGCAGAUUCGAGAAGAGGCACAAGAACAUGAGCGUGCACUUGUCGCCAUGCUUCAGGGAUGUGGAGCUUGGAGACAUUGUCACAAUUGGAGAAUGCCGACCACUCUCAAAGACAGUCCACUUCAACGUUCUUAAGGUGACAAAGGGUGCGGGCGCAAAGAAGAGUUUCAAGAAAUUCUAAUUCUUGCAUUAAAACUUUUUAAGAAAAUAUAAAAAAUGGUAAAAUAAGAA